AUGAAUGUGAAGAAGCAGCUGUGGUCCCUGGCCUGCAUGGUCCUGCCUGGUGUGGGAUUUGCGAUGACCUGCAUUGGGUCCUACCUGGUGUACCUGCAGAUAACGUACGAGUACUCUAUGAGGGUCGUCCCUGCCUACAUCAUUAUUGUGUUGGGCAUCCUGGCUGUGUUCAUUGGAGUCUUCUGGACUAACUGCCAAAGCAUGAAGAGCAAGAUGUACCUGAGAGGAGGACAUGAACAGCACACCCAGGUCUACACUAUUGAAAGACCGAGCUCAUUCCCUCCAUCGUACGAGGAAUGCCAUGGCAGCCAGGGGCGUCCUGAAACAGCCCCUGAGUCUGUUGUCGUGGUUGACGGGGUGGAUGUGGAGAUGAGCUUCGCUCCUCCUCUGUACAGCCAGGACAGCUCGGACGCUCCGGACUGCACAUGGAGCUGGGAGCAGCCUCCUCGGUACAGUCAGGUGGAGCAUAUUCAGCAGGGAGAGGUGGACGUAGAGGAGCGGAGGGAGGCCUUGACCGGACACUGA